AUGGACCUCAUCGCCGCUGCCCUGCGUGCCAAUCUGCCGUACGCCGUAACCCUGGAGGAUGGGCUGCGGGAGCUGCUGCGGCGGACCCUUGGGUCAGUGGAGGUCGGCGCCGCCGCCGCCGCGACGGCAGGACCUCCUACCGACCUUCGGUCAGUAGAUGCCGGUGAUGCAGAGAUGCACAAAGAAGAUUCCGAGUCAGAAUCGGAUCUGGAUUCAGAUUUGGAUCUGGGUCUUGGACGAGACACGGCAACAGCAACAGGGCUAAGCAUGGAGGGUUCUGGCGGCGACAGCGGCGGCGGAAGGGCUGGACGGAGAGGAAGAAGGGGGGGAGGAGGCUCGAGCGGCGGAGCGCGGCGGCCCCGCCAGCGCCAGCGGAAUGGCGGCGGCGGCGGCGGCGGCGGUGGGGUGGCGGAGAUUGCCCUGCUGGCGGGUGAUCCUGUCCAGACGUCCGUAUUCGUACAAGGCCUGUCCCGCCUGCUCGCCAUGCAGUGGCUGUCUAGGAGGCGGGGCCCUGAAACCCGGGGGCAGUUGCUGGUUGAGGGUGGAGGCGGUGGUGGGGUUGGGGCUGGUGGUGGGCUUGGUGGUGGUUCCGGAGCAGGUCCUUCCCUGGAGUUGCUCUCCGAGCCGCCACCGAGCGCUGGAAGCUUCUGUCGCGAGCUUCUCGGGUUGAUAAUGCCGCUGAGGAAUGAGCGGGAGGAGGAGGAGGAGGCGGGUACGGCAGCUUCUGUGAAAGAGGGUGGAGAGGAUGAAGCUGCAGCAGGUACGACAGCAGGUACGACGUUCUACGACAAUUUCAAGGCCGUUGUAAACCGCGCCGUUUUAUUCGACCCGGAAGUCAGCGUGUGUCAUAUUUUGCGUGCUCUGGCCGCCCGCGAGCGCACCGCCGCCGCCGCUGGCAGCGCGGCGGCGGCGGCAGCAGCAGUUAGUACGACAGCGGAGGCGGUACUUGCUGGCGUCUGCGAGAGCCUCUUGCGCUCUCGGGCCGCCGUUGCAGCUGUAGCGCGCGCACGUCCUGCGGCGGCUGCUUUGGGGGGCCCCCCGCCGCCGCCGCUGCCGCCGCUGCCACCGCCAUCCGCGCUUGAUUUACAUCUUUCCGCCUUCAUGGCAUCCUGCCGCCGACACCUACAUCUGCUACAGCCGCUCGCCCGGAAAGGCGCCGGAAGUAGCGGCAGUAGCGGUCCCUCGCUUGAGUCGCAGCUGCUGCUACUGCGUGUGUUGCGGCUGCUGCUACAGCUGGAUGCCGCGGGGCUGCUACAGCCAGGUCCCUCCUUGGAUUUCAUUUUGGACUGCUACUGCGAGGCGUUGGCGCCGAGUGCUGCUGCUGCCAGCGCUGGUGCAUUGACUCAGGCGUUACAGCUACUGCCAGCCCUCGCGGCCGGCCUUCCGGACGGGGGACCUCUGGAGCGGCUCUUCGGCGGCGGCGCCGCCGCCAGCGGCGGUGCUCCAGGGGUCGUCAUCUCGCUGGUGCCGUACGUCUGCCCAACCAACUCGCGCCGUGAUCACCCUGAUCCUACCGCCCCCGCCGCCGUCGACAUGUCGAUGCGCCUGCACGCGCUCAUGGAGACGCUUGUGCAACUGUCGUACGCCGCGGCAGCGGCAGCAGAGGUGGCAACCGCAGCCGCUGGUGGCGGCGGCGGUGGAAGUGGCGGCAGCAGGGGCGGUGCAGCGCGCGCCGCAGCUGCCGCAUCUCUGCUGAAAGCGCUGCUCAUUGUCGUACAGGACAUGGGCGGACCCACGGGUCAUUUGCUGCAGACGAGGCUGGUACGGAUGUUUGUACAGAUGGCGGCGGCCGCCUGGCACGGCGCGCCAUCGGUGACGGAGGAUGCCGCGAAGGACGUUACCAACCCGUAUGCAUUGUCGGCGGCGGCGGCGGCGGCGGCGCGUGCUUGGCCUGGCGAUGCUCUUCUGUCGUACAGCUUCUCCUGGCUGUUACUGGAUCCGGGUUUUCGUGGGAUGCGCGAGAUGCGGUUGGCGCUUCUACACCACGUGGUAAUGCCGCUGCUGGCGGCGGCGCCGGCGCCGUACCGUGUCGAAUGGUACGGCACGUAUGUACGGCGCAUGGUUCAUCACGUGCAGGACACGGCGGGCGGCGGCGGCGGUGCUGGCGGCGGCGCGGGCCCGGGCACUUCGCAGCUGCUGAACAGCUGGGUAUGCUACACGCUGCUUCAAGCCAUGUACGGCAUGUGUACUGCACAAGAGAUCGACCGCAUCUGGGACAAGUCUAACCGCGACAUCCGGGCCCCGACGCCCCCAAUGUCCGAGGCGGGGCCUUAUGCUGCUGCUGCUGCUGCUGCGACUAGUACUACUGCUGCAGCUGGUGUUGGUGUUGGUGUUGGUGUUGGUGGCGGAGAGGUUCUGAAGAACUCCACCUUGAUGGGGCUGUGUAAGCGGGAGCUGUGCAGGCCACUGCCGGCGCCCCGGGGGGCCCUCAACGCACACGAACUGCAGUACCAGGACAUUGACCGAGCUGUUCGGUGCGCCGCCUGGGCCGCCUCCGCCGCCCUGCUGCUAAGGACUCAGAACAGAGCCACAUUCUUUGCCAAGCUGCUGCGGAUGCCGGACGACCGCAACGGCGACCCCGCCUUCGUCUGGAAACGUCUACUACCUGAUAAGGCCCACUUCAGAUUCGCAGCGGAUCCCGAGGACCAGCAGCAGCAGCAGCAGCAGGAGGAGGAGGGGGCUGCUGGGGCUGAAGGAGAAGGAGUGGGGUUGGGAGUGGGGGCCCCCCCCAGCCGCCUCCGCAGCUCUGAGCCCAACAGGCGGCAGAGGGCGCGUUGGGAUCAGGAGGUCGUGAGGACUGCGUUUCGGGAGAUGCGCCGCCAGCGUGAGGAGGAACUGGCUGUACGGCGAGGUGGCGGCGGCGGCGGCGGUGGGCCGUCAGCAAGCAUGUUGAUGGGGGGCACACUCCUAGGGGUUGGUGGCGGCAGCGGCGGCGAGGAUGACGUGGCGUCGCUCACCGCCAAGGUUUCCGCGUCGCAGUACGACUUUGGACUGGGUUUGGGAGUUUCAAGUGGUACGGCGAGUCUGGAUAGCGGCGGCGGCGGCGGAGGUAUGGCGGCUUCUUUACUGUCGUCGGGCGGUGGCGGCGGCAGCGGCACUGUCGCCGCCGCUGCGCUAGCGUACACGUGGACAGCCAGCGGCGGCGGCGGCGGCGGCGGGGGUCCGUUGGUUGGUGAUGUUUUCGCGCGUCCAGCUGCAGAGAAUUCAGCUCCGGGCGCAGCUGGAGAGGCGGCGGCGGGGUCUGCUACCGCCGGGGGCGGUGUCGGCGAUGAGGGCGUCGACGGCGACCUCAUCGAUGACAACCCAAUGAACGACGAGCUGCCGUACGUUGAUGACGAGAUGGACGAGCAUGUCUGCAUGUUGCCGCUUGUGCAGCUGAUAGAGAAAUUCAGCGACCCGGCUACCUGGGACUCCGUGGCGGAGGCGGGCGCGAUUGCGACCGCCAAGGAGGCGGCUGCCGCCGGCGCCGCCGCCGCCGGUGUCGCCGCUGCUGCGAGCAGUGCCCUCCCUGGCCCGGACGCGCCCAUGCCCCGUUGGCUGUCCACACUCCUAGAGGCGCUGAGUCGGACGGACACCCCCAGAUAUAUUCGGCUGUUCUUGCUCAAAGCCGUACUUCAUGUAGAGGAGCGCGUGCGGCAGCGCAAGAUCCGGAUCCAGUCACAAAGCCUGCAGGUCCAGAGCGAGCAACUAAACCAACAAACGGAGCAGACGGAGCGACCCAUGAGUCCGCUGGGAAUGCAGUACUCCGGCAUUGCCACCACCAUUAGCAGCAGCAGCAGAAGCAGCCGUGUAGAGGAGGGAUCGCAACAGACGACGGUGCGAAAGGAGUCUUGUACGGGCGACGGCGGCAACGGCGACGGCGACGGCGGACAUGGUGGCGCGUAUGGUUUUUCCAAAGGGGGACGCCAGGGGGGAGGUCCAGGGGUGGUAGGGACAGGUGCUGGGGAGGAGGGGGAGCAGGAGGAGGAGGGUGGCGGCGCCAGUGCGGUCGCGGCGGAGACCCGUGUCAGCGAGCUACCGGCCUCCGACACCGUCUUUGCGAUCUGGGCCGUACGGUUCUUUCCUGCACUGGCGGACGCGGAGGCGGCGGAGGCGGAGGCGGAGGCGGAGGCAGUGCCGCUGUCGUCGCCGCCGCAGCAGCAGCCGCUGGCGGGGGCGGCGGAGGCAGCUGCAAUUGGCGACGACGAUGACGGUGAUGGCGGUGAAGAGCCGCUCCUGGGGCAGCGGCCGCCAGUGGAGGCGGCUGCGGCCGCAGGAGGCACCGGCGGCGUCGCCAGCAGUACGGCAGCCGGGGGCAGCGGCAGUGGUGCCGUGUUCAGCUACGUGCUUCGCUCCAUGUGCCAGACGUUUAUGAGCUGGCGGGGUUUGGGGGACCUGGGGGACACGGAGGGGGAGACGCAGAGCCAAACCACCGCAACCGCGACUGCCACCACCACCAAGGCGCUCCUCCGCGGCGCUGCCGAGCAGUUGCUCCGGCGUGUUGUACGGCUGUGUUUGUCUCCCCGAACCCCCCUGGAGUUAUGUCGCCUCAAUGCGCAUCACGUGAUGGCCUUGAUGUACUUUUGGCGGAGAUCUGGGGUGAAGUUGAGGGGGCCCGAGCUGCUCACCCUCCUGAGCCCCAGACUGGAAACCAAACAGCGCGUGGAGGGACUCCGGGUGGUACGAGCGGCACUGGGGUACGGACAAGAACAUGCCGUACUGUACGGCGAAGCUCGGGACCAGUUGUGGCGAGCUCUCCGUGCCUUGUUGUCGGGAUCUCCUCCUCCUGCCUCCUCCGCCGCCGCCGCCUCCAAGCGGAACCAUCGGGCAGCGGCUAACCCUAGCAGCACACACACCCCUCCUCCCCCUCCCCCUCCGCCCCCACCCGCGCUUCGUAUUGUUGCGGGCCCCCUAGGGGAGCUCCUCGGUCUGUAUCUGGCCAAGCUGGCAGAGAAGGAAGAGGAGGGGAAGGAAGGGAACGCCGUCACAGCGGGCGUUACGGGAGCUGGGGAUGGAGGGGGAGGAGGAGGAGGGCAGGAAGGAGGCGGCGGGGAGGGGGGAGAUGUGUGGGAGGUUGGGGAGUUGGCGGGUUCGGGGGGUCUUGCUCUUGGCCGGCAGCGACGAACCAGCUUUGGCUCGCUUUUGGAACAGAGACAGUACGACAUCCAGGAUGGCCUUCGCCGUCGUGUUGGAGGUGGUGGCGGUGGCGGCGGCAGCACUCGGCACUGGGACGCCCUGGUGGUGGUGCUCCGUGGCAUGACCGCUCCGUCCCCUCUGGGUUACCCCCCCUCUGUACGGCACCUCGUGGGGGAGGUGGUGCGGGGGCUGGGGCUGGGGUUGGUGGGUACGGCAAGGGAGGUGGCGUGCGAGGCGGCGUUUGAGGUGCUCGGGCGUUAUGUUCCCCUGGCUAACCCCACCCAGCGCCAGGAGCUGUUCAUUGAGCUGGUUACGGCACUGGACAGGCUGCCGCUUCGGACGAUGCGACCGGAGACGCAGCGAGGGGCGUUGAAGCUGAUGCAGGCCCUGGCUGAAUCCGCCAGGCUAGACGACCUUAACUGCUUGCUCCGAAACCUAACCUCAUCGCGGGGUCUGGCCUCCGGUCCCUCGCCCACCCGCCUAGCCAUGUUGCAGCUCAGCCCCGCUCUGUCCGCCGCUGCCGCCGCCGCCGCGCGCAACCCCGCCGCUCCCGCCGCAAUCGCCACCAGCCCCUCCUCGCUGGUUUCGGAGGCCGCGUCGCGACUUCUGAUCCGCUGGCCCAAUGUGGCGUGCGCCCUGCUGCUGGAACCGUCCCUGGCGCUAACCGACAACGACCAACCGCUGUACACUUCCCAACCGUACGAAUGCACCUUCCGGGACUACACGCCGAGCCUGGGGUUACUGUACGGCGGAGGCGUGGGCGGUACGACAGCUCUGGGAAUGUACGGCGGUGGUACGGCAGCGGCGGCGGCACUGCGCACACCUGCAUUUUUGCUGACGCAGGACAUGUACGGCAGCUACACCGGCGCCGCCGCCGCCGCUGCCGCUCGCCGGCGGCCGCUAGGCCUCCUCCGCGCCACAGCCACAGCCCAUUUCGUUCCCACCGUAACGCUAUCCGUCACCGGUGACGUCUUCGCCGCCAGCGGCGGCGUAGCGCUGGACAGCACGUACGGCACCGGCACCGCAUCGCAGUCGACGGCGGUGGCGGCAGGGGCGCCAACACAGUCGGUGGCGGCGGCGCUUCCACCGUCGUACGGCGGCAACCGUACGGUGCGCCUGGCGGCGCGCCGCCAGCAGAGCGGCUCUCGCUACGCUCGCACAGCUGCAAUCCGUGGGCUACAGCAACGGGAGCUGUCGCUGCGGGCGGCGCGCCACGAAGGACGAGCAUCACGUGUACGGCUGUUUCGGAGCUACCGUACAGGAGAGUUGCCAGAUACCUUGUCAGUGCGCGUGGCUUCGUUCCUUCGGCCGCUGGCAGGAGUGGUGGAGGUCGACGGCCCUGCCGCGACGGCCGCGCUGGCGGCAAUAGUGGAGGCAGUAGCAGCCGCGGCGGCGGCGGCGGCUGCGCCGGUUGGGCCGCAGCAGCGGCGGGAGCUGCUCGAUGCGCUGGCAGUAGCAUUCGCAGCACGGCCGGCCGCGCCGUCGUACGUCACAGCACUACAGGCGAUGGCGGCGCGAUUGAUUGAUGCUGGCGGCGCGGCUGUGGCGGCGCCGCUGCUGCUACUGCCGGCGGAUCUGACGGCUGCGGCGGCCGCCAGCGGCGGCUACCAGGCGGCGGCGGUGCUAUUGGAGGCGCAGCAAGCCGUACAGGAAAGGGAGCUUGAUACAGCCAAAGCCGCCGCCAACGCCAGCAGCAGCGGUAGCGGCAGGUACAGUACGGCAAUAGUAAAGCGAGCGUCGGCUGGGCUAUCUGCGACGCUGGAGGCGGUGGCGCACGUGUACGGCGAGCUAGACGAGCAGGACAUAGUACUCGGCACACGACGCCGGCUGUGUCUGUGCCCAGGAAGCUUUGCAAUGUUGGCGGCGGAGGCGGCGGGGCGGCCGAGGCUGGCGGUACGGCGGGCAGGGCAGCUGACGGCAGCGCUGGAUCUGCUCACGGCGACUGUCACGGAGGCGGCGGCGGCGGAAACGGCGGAAACGAAGCAAGGGCCGGGCGUGGCGUCAAAGCUGGUUCCGGAGCGCCCUCAGGACAGGGGCGUCGCGCUCGGGAGCAGCGCCGUCGAACCGCUACUGCCGCCGCCGCAAGAAGGCGCCGAUGGAGCUGGCGGCAGUAGCGGCGGUGGUUGCGGCGGCGGUGGCGACGGCGCGGCGGCCACGUCCACGGUGGCCGCUUUGCUGGGUGAGGCAGUUAUGGCACGUGCUGGCGGCGGCGAGGCCGGGGGCGGCGGCGACGGCGGUGGCACAGCAGCAGCGGCGGCGGUGUGUUCGCGGCUUGUGGCCCCUGCCGAGGCGGCGUUGUGGCGGGAGACUGUGGCGGUGUGUGCGGACGCCCUCGGAGACUGGUCCUUGUUGGAGGGCGAGCUUCAGCGUUCGCUGGUGAAGCUCGGAGUAACGCUGCCUGGCGGCGGCGAAGGCGGCGGAGGCGGAGGCGGUUCUUCAGGUGGGCUGUACUCGUCAUCGUCCGCCGUUACGGCUGUAGCGGAGGCCCUGCCGCGCUCGCUACUGCUCUCCGGCGCCGGCCCUAGCGGCGGCAGUAGCGGCGGCGGCGGUGCGGGUUUGGUACUGCGGCGGGUGCUGCGCUCCGCCUUGUUCCAGCUGUCUGAGGAUGACUUUCAGCUGGCGGCGGCGGCGGCGGCAGCGGCGGAAGGGCGCGGUGAUGGCGCCGCCGGCGCCGGGACUGCUGGCGUGGCAGCGACGGCGGGAUCCGCGCCAUCAACGGACGGCCCGGCGCUGCUGGUGUUGCGACUGCUGGAGCAGCUGGACCACGGCGGCAGCGGCGGCGGCGGCGGCGGCGGCCGAGAGGCUGCGUCUUGCGCUGCCGCCGCGGUCCCGCUGGAGCUGGUGGCGGCGGAGGUCUUCCGGGCCUGUCGGCGGGGCAGCUGGGAGCGGUGCCUCACUGUACUGCAGGCCUCCUUGGCAGGGCUCCGUUGUAGAUGGACUGGACUACAUCCGCUGUCUACUGCAGCACGUACGGCAACGCUGACAGUGCUACAGCCCCUGGCCGAAAUCCACGAAAUGAUCCGGCAGCUAGUGCACGCCGGCGGCGGCGGCGUCAGCGGCGGCGUAGGCAGAGGUCGGGACGGCGUUGUUGUGACGCCGGCGUCGUCUGCUGUACGGCACCUAGAGACGCUGGUGGAGGUUUGGCGACGGCGCGGCUUGGGUGGCGCGACGGUUGGAGUGGCGAGGGUGGCGACGGCGACGGCGACGGGUACGCGGCCUGGCGGCGGCGGCAACGGCGGCCCGAGUGGUACGGGGAGUGCACUUGGUACCUUGCUGCAGGUCCGGCGCCUGUCGCUAGAGGCCGCUGCCAACUGCAUCCUGCCUCGUGCCGUGCUAGCUGGCGCUGCUGGCGUGGGCGGCGCCAACUCGGCGUCGUGCCGCGGCCAGCUCCAGCUUGCCGCGCGGGCCGCACAAGCAUCCCUUCGUUUCGCCGCCGCUGAGGCUGCCGUACAAGCUGGUUGCGCGGAUACCGCCGCGGAGGCGUUGCCGCCGCCGCUGCUGGCCCUGGCCCAGUCUCCACCGCAGCAGCCACAGCAGCCGCAGCAAGAACCACAGCAGCAGCUGCGGCUGUUUCGAGCCCACAUAGACACGGCGGCGGCGCAGGCGGCGGCGGAGCCGGCGGACGCGUGCGUGUACGGCGCGGUUUCAGAGCUGCUGUCCACUAUGCGGCCGUGGCAUCGGGAGGCUGUUCGUACUGGGAUCCUUGGAGGCCGGCUGGCGGCGGAGUCCGAGCUGGCACAGUCCCAGGCGCUGCUGGUACUGAGCGGUAGGCACCUGCCGUUCCUCGUGCUGGGGGUGGCGGUGGUGCGAGGCGACCCGGACCCCACAGUACGGCAGCAAUACCUUGCCGUACGCCUGGCCACCGCCCUCUGCCACGCCGCCACCGCAACUGCCUACCAACCGCCCAACCAUAACGUCCUACAGCCCCCGAGACCGCAAAUCCACGACGGUCAUCACGACGGCCAGAGUGCCGUUGCAGCGGGGUUAUCAGUAAUGACGGAGGCGGCGGAGGAGGCCGCCGCCGCCGCCGCCGCCGUCAGCACCGCGGCGCGCGCAUCGGCGCAUUUCGCGUUGCUGUGCGGUCGGCUGCUACGGGCAACCCACGAGUCCGCCACCGAACGCGCGCUAGAUCCCACCAUGUCCUCCCUGGAGGAGCUGUACGGCACCGCCAAACGCAAACAGGUUGCCGCGGCAGUGCGCACCGGCGGCGGCGACCUAUCUGCAUGCGUCGUACGGCACCUGCUGCGUGCAGUGGCGCUGGCGGGUUCCGGAACCGCGGGGUGCUACGGUGGUGGUGAAGAUAACGGCGUCGGAGGCAAGGGAUCGGAGGAGCGCCUGCAGACGUUGGCGGCGCACCUGCGCCUCCAGGUGCCUGUCGUACUUUCCGUACUGCGUGACAGCGCCGCCGCCGCGGAGGCCUUUCGCCAGGGCUGGACCGCCGUGCCUCUGGGGGUCUUCCUUCCUUGGGUCAGCCAGAUGACGUCCAUGUCAGUUGACAGUUGGUGCUAUAUUGCUUUUACAACUCUCAGGGAAUCUCCCCCAUGGCAGGUGUUCUCAGGUCGCAUCACCCAGGCUCUGGCGCGGGGUGACGUGGAUGCCGCGGUGGAGGUCUGGAGCAGUGAGGCCUGGCCCAACCUUUUCAGCCGCUACCACCGACCACACCACCAGCACCAGCACUACCAGACAGGCCUGCCCGCCGCCGCCGCCGCCACGCCGCGGCCACCGGUAUCGCGCCGUCAGGUCGCCGGCGCCGCGCCGCCGGCGGAGCCGUACAACGUCGCUUUUGCGCGCCGCUACCGCGCCGCCUUCGAAGAAGCGUUUGGCGGCUCCGGCAAUGCACGGGCCGGCGGUCUGGGGCAGUGGGAGGGGCUGCAGGCUGCUGGGCUCCGAAGCCUGGACCUGCUGAGCCCGUGGUUCCGGAGCUACGAGCAGGUUGCGGCGGACGCAAAUGCCUCUAUGUUGUCCUCAUCUCAUCCUUUUUCGUCUUCUACUGGACUUGCUAGGCAAGGGCGACGGAAACAGCAGAUGCUGCUGCUACUGCCAUCCAUGGCGUUUGCUACAGCCACGUCGCCGCCGCCAGCGGAGCCAGGAGCGUACGGCAGCCGCUGCAGCGGCGGCGGUCUGCCCCCUCUUGGCCUCCAGGACGACGCUGGUGCCGUCGCGGUGGUUGGGUUCAAGCGGGUGGUUACGGUGUUCAGCAGCAAGCAGAGGCCCAAGCUGUUAACUUUGUACUGCAGUGACCUCAGUACCCGGGAGUUCGUGGUCAAGGGUGGCGAGGAUGUACGACUGGACGAGCGGAUCCAGCAGCUGUACGACGCGAUGAAUGGAGUUACAGCUCACGACGCAGCCUGUGCUCGACGCUCCCUAAGGGUACCCGUGUACGACGUCAUUCCUCUAAGUCCUACCGUCGGCCUACUGCAAUUCGUACCGGGGACGCGGCCCCUUCAGAGCUGUCUGGUUGAUAAUCCGGAGCGCGCGGAACAAGAGGCGCAGGCCAUCGAGCUUUACGCCAACUACAUUCGCUCAGCCGCCGCCUCCACCGUACAGCCACGUCAGCAACAUCAGGCACACGCGGCCCCCGGGUUAGCAGCCCCCGGACAACUUCCGGGUCCUAGAGACUACUGGCAGAUGUACAUACAGGCUGACUCGGCCAGCACUGUACGGCACUUCAAGCAGGCAGUUGGUUGCCUACCCGCGGGUCUGUUGCGCUCCUUCCUCCUGCGAGUCAGUGGCCACAGUCCCGAGCUCUUCUUGGCGCGGAGGGGGGCCCUGGUUUCGGGGCUGGUGGCCGGGAGCGUGUUCGGCUACCUGGCGGGGGUGGGCGACCGCCACACCUCCAACCUGCUGCUACAGCCCGCGACGGGCCGCCUGGUGCACAUUGACUUUGGCUACAGCUUGGGAGCCGCUACGCAGGUCGUCCCCAUUCCCGAGCUGGUCCCAUUCCGUCUGACCCCGCAGCUGCUCGGAGCGCUACAGCCCCAUUGCGGCAAGGAGGUGAUGGUGCCGGGGAUGGCGGCGGCCCUAGCGGCUCUCAGCGCCCCACCCGCCCGGCAGCUGCUGGCGGCGGUGAUGGAGGUGUUUCUUCGGGAGCCGGUGGCGGACUGGCAGCAAGAAGCCAUGAUGCUGCGGACAUCAAGGGCGGGGGAAGUUGGAGGAGGAGGUUCUCAGGAUGGCGGAGAGGAAGAGGACGACAGUCGGGUUCUGGCGGCGCGGCUGGCUCGCAAUAGGCACCUCCCUCUUUGUGGUGGGUCCUUUGCGGUGUACGGGAUGCUGUCGCUGUGGAGCGGUGGGGUGGAAACGGCCCUCCAGAAAUUGGCCCGCCGCCACCCGUCGCUCAUCUUGGUGGAGGACCUGCGGGGGCGCCACGGAGCCGCCCCGUACUUCCAGGCGCUGUGCGACAUAGUGCAGGGCGCCAGCGGCGGCAGUGGCGGCAGUAGUGGUGGUGGGCCAACCGCCUUCCGAGCAAGACCAGAGCUGCUUCAGCACUCGGGGCCUCUCCCGCCGGUAGCUCUUGCGCGCUGCCUCGUAGACCUGGCCACGGACACCAACGUGCUUGGUCGCAUGUAUCUGGGGUGGAGGCCGUACCUGUGA